AUGCCUCAGCGGUCUCGUCGAAAGACCACAACUAAAUCAUCGCGAAGGCCACCUGAAGAACAGGAGACCGCGCCUGGUUGGCCUCCACUACAACCACUAAUUCCUACAACAGAUCUUGCUUUAGAAACACUUUUAGAGGACCAGAUCAUUCUCAUCCGCAAUCUCUUUACCUCAACGCUGUGCAAGAAAUAUGUCUCUUUCUUGUCUUCACUUCCAUUGAUCACUACCCCUGCGAAACCCAAAGAAGGUGAAGCAAUCAGGCUCAAUGACCGCAUUCAAUUCAAUGACCCUGCCUUUGCCGAACAGCUUUGGGGUUCUACAGGACUUAGAUCCCUUAUCAGUGGCUCGGCAGAGAAUGUCGAACCUAAUGGUCUUACAUAUGAAGGAGCGAAGAAGAUUUGGGGAGGUCAAGUCUGUGGUCUCAAUCCACGUAUCCGAAUCUAUCGCUACGGCCAGGGACAAUUUUUUGGUCAGCACUAUGAUGAGUCAAACAAUAUCACUCUUUCGUCUACUCCGCCAACCCCAGCAAGGACAACCUGGACGUUACUUAUCUACCUCACUGGACCCACAACGGGCUGUGUUGGAGGGGAGACGGUCUUUUACCCUGAGCUUGGCCCGGCAAAGAAGUUUUCAGGGAAAGGCAUUGACACAGACCCUGUCGUUGUUGACCUAGAAGUUGGCAUGGCUCUUUUGCACAAACACGGCCAGGACUGUCUCUUGCACGAAGGAAAGACCGUCAGAAAGGGCGAGAAAUGGGUCAUCAGAAGCGAUUUGUGUGUAAAGAGAUGA